AUGAUACACGCAUCCAAGAAAGUGUUGUGCUAUCUGGGUGAGUGUCUGGGCACAACGCCGCAGGGCCAACGAGUCAGCGGCUUUCAAACAUGGAUGCAGGAGAACGAGGCCUGGGUCCGCGGUCGCCGGUUCCUAGGAAUACCCGACAUCUGUCUACCGCAACCCGUACCGCCGUACAUUGACUACAGCCAGGAGCUGGCAGCCGCCAGUCCCGCGUUGUACGACAUGUACGUGCAAGAUCUUUUACGGUUGUUGAGCUACGGCUCCAGCGUUACGACGAAUUCAGAUCCCUACCUGGAUCUCUUCAGGUGGUCGGAUGCGGCGGCGGGUUCACCGGCUACCGGGUUCCGACAGCAGCCCCUGCAGACACAGGCGGACCGGAGGCAGCAGCAGCAGGAGGGUGGGGGUGGGGGUGAGGUGGAGCUGCUGCCUCACGGGGACCCGCAAGGCCGUCCGGACUGGACGGCCAGACUGCCGCCAGUGGUCCAGUGGUCCCACCCCGCCCUGCCAUGGUUCACACCCACACGAGGAAGCGGACUGGUCAUGGCCGGGGGAGCGGCACUGGGGAUGGCCGUACCAGGCGCCGCCGCGUCUGACGUGGACCUCUUCCUUGUCGUACCCUCCCUGGAUCCGGCAACCGGACUGCAGCGCAGCGAGCAACAGCGUCGGGACGCGGCGUGGCUGGUAGCGAUGGAGGCGAUGGAGGCGGUGCAGCGGCAGGUGGCGGCACACGACCAAUCGCUGUUCGUGUACGCGGUGGCCGGGGAGCAAUGUCACACCCUCGACGUCCUGGUGACGAAUCGGGAGAUGGACGGCACAUGCGACGGCACCCAUCUUGUGGCCCAGCUGCAGCUGAUACUGCGAUUGUACGAAUCUCCAGCGCAAGUCCGGCUUCACAAGUACAGCAAGCGACUGGGACUAGAUAUUCUGGUUCCAGGGCUGGAUCCACUGCUCGUGGAACCUGCCGUACGGGAACUGGACGCCAUGCAGUCCAUGGUGACCGACAGCUUUCACCACCGUACCCGCAUCCCGACCGUACGGAAACUGGCAGCCCUCGCCACGGGCUUGAAUCGGCUACUGCUGGUGGGGCGGCUGUCGGAACUGGGGGUGACCCCCGAGGAGGUCAAGAUGGUCACAUCGGCUUAUAAAGGCCCCCGAAUGACCGCCGCUGACGCCGCAGUCUACAAAGGUCGAUCCUACCGGGGAGCUGCUGUGUACACGCAUGACCAUACGGUCGCAUGUACGGAUCUGGGUGAACAACCUUUCGAUGAUAAGGACGAGGAAAUGUGGUUGCAACUGAAAAAGAUAACGAACUUUCAGGUAGAUGCCGUACAUCUUCAGACGGGUCGCGAGGCGCUGUUCAGUGGCUCGUUCACGCACACGCCCUUCGACGACUGGUACAGGUGUUGCCUGAACAAGCUCGAGGAGCGGCUGCUGCGUGGCGAAAUUGACUGGGAGGCGCGGGCCCGGGAGCGCGUCGUACAGGAUUACGACGUUGUAGCAUUACCCUGCGUGGACGAUGUGGAGCGGGAGUUGGAAAUCAAAUGCCAGUUGUAUACGGCACUGCUGGCAGCGCUGAGGGCUGGAAGGCCCGCACCAGCACCAGCAGCACCAGCAGCACCAGCACCAGCACCAGCACCAGCAGCAGCACCAGCAACAGCUCCUGCUACUGCUAGCGGCGGCGGCGGCACCAAUGCCGCCGCCGCAAGCGGCGGCGGCCCAAGCGACCCCAGGGCUCGCUGCCCUGGCGGUGCCAGUAGUACGGCGGCCGAAGGCGGCAAUGGUGACGGCGGGAGCCCCGGGCCUAGCGGUAGGGCCGCGCUGCUGCGGCCGUACAGGGGAGCUGCUGUACCUGGGUCGGCGCUAUCGACUGUGGUGGCGACGGAGGUAGAGGGUCCGAUGAUGGCGACGGAGGCGGCGACGGAGGCAGCCCGGCUGCGGUACUGGAGUGUCGCCGUCGCCGUCUGA